GAUUUCAUUUUGCAGCCUUCGUGAGGGGAGUGAUCAGCUGUAAAUGGUUCAUAUGGGGGACACUCUCGUGUCUUUAUGAACUACAAAAUAACCGCGAAGGUAUUUUCGAUUUCCGUUCUGCCCUGGAGAACUGACUCGGCCGUUUCACCAACUAGCUUUAACUGUUGACGUCCAACGUUAGCAAACAUCGGAACUUAACCGUUAUUAUUUUUUUUUUUUCCAGCCACCGAAAGAAGAUCGAGGAGCAGUCAAACUGCAACAACAGUAAGCCUGCAGCAGGUCGUUGCUGUUUGCCAACCUGUCUGUCGUCCGGAGCAGCUCUUGUAGUGUAGUUGGAGGGGCAGGAGGGGGAAACCCAGCAGACAGAGAGACAGCAGGACAAGCAAGACUCAGAAAUGCCUCUGUUCUUCAGAAAGAGGAAACCGAGCGAUGACUCCCAAAAGAGACUGGAAUAUCAGCUGUGCCGGUCUAAAGAGGCAGGUGCUGAUGACAUCCUGGACAUCUCAGCCUGUGAGCUCCCAGAGGUUCCCUCAAGUGCCUUCUCCAUUUGCAAGGUGCUACAGAAGAAGGUCCUUAUCCUCCACAGUAAUGAGCUGAGGUCCCUGCUGCCUAAAGGAUGUGACAUCAGUGCUCUCGCCACUUUAAAGGUUUUGGAUCUGCAUGAGAAUAAGCUCACCUCUCUCCCAGAAGACAUUGGGAAGCUGUCGUCACUGCAGAUUCUGAAUGUGGAGAAGAACCGUUUGAAGGCCCUGCCGGACUCCAUCGGGGAUCUGCAGCUCCUGCAGACACUCAGUUUGAAGGGUAACUGUCUCAGUGAGCUGCCUUCGUCCAUCGGCUCUUUGAGCAGCCUGCGCACUCUGGACCUUAGUGAUAACAACAUUGUCCAGCUCCCCAAAGCUUUGGCCUACAUCCGCACCCUAGAGAGCUUUACACUUGACGCAGCUAUGAUGUCCUACCCACCUGCAUCUGUGUGUACAGAGGGGACGGAAAAGAUCCAACGCUUCCUAUGCUCCGAGCUGGGAGAGGAGUACUGCCCCCCAUCCCAGUAUCUCUUGCCAGUGCUGGAGAAUGACUGUGGCAAACAGAACUGUGACCAAUGGGAUGGCUUGGAGGAGGCCUGGCAGAACAAAUUCAGUGACUACGAGAAGAGAAAGGAGCAGAAGCAUCAGGAGAAAUUGGCCUUUGAGCGGCACAUGGAGGAGAAGCGACAGGAGCACACCCAGCUUCUUCUCAUGAACACCUCCCGCAAGGAAAACAUCCUCAACUCAGUCCGACAGGAGCAGGAGCGUCUGGAGCUUGGAGUCAGCCAGCAGCAGAGGGCUCAGGAGGCCGAGAGGCUGCUGGUGCUGGAGAAAGUCAGACAAGCGGAAGACAGCAUUACCAGCCGUAUCAGCAACAUGCUGAUGGACAACAACCGGCAGAAAAAGAGCACCGAGUUUCUUCAAGCCAUGGAGGAAGAUCGGAUCCGUAUGGAGCAUCUGACCGCCAUCACACAAGAAGAAGCCAAUUCGCUGAGGAAAAGAGAGGUUGCAGCGGCCAUGCAAAAGAUGCUGUCAGACAGCUACACUAUGAGCCUCUUUCAGGAAGCCAACGACUAUCGCAGACGGAGCCUGGUCUCUGAGGCCUACAGGAGUAUGGAGGAUUUGGACAGGAAGUUUGAUAAGAUGCUGUCCCUCCAAGCUUUGGACAAAUCUAAAGCGAUUACCCACAUCUUACAGGAGGAGGAGAUGCAGAAAGCAGCGUUCCAGGCUUUGCAGCUGCAGAAAGAUUCUGUACACGGCUACAUUCGCAACCAGAUCAAGCUCAUAGAGGGUGAAUUAAUGCAGCUGACUAAACUUGAGAUUAAAAGACGCAGUCUGGAUUCUGAGAACCUGCAGGAGGUUCUGGUGGAGCAGCGCACAGCUCUCAGUGAUAUGUUGCAGCAGCUGCUGAAGCAGAAGGACCAGAGAGAGCAGGAGCUGCUGCAGAUUCUGGCGGAGAUGGAGCUGAAGUCCGAGUCCAACCAGCAGAACUACUGGAUGAUCCAGUAUCAGAGACUGUUGGAUGCCAAGCCCAUGUCACUGCGCAUGCAGGAGGCGGGAGUUGAGAACGAGUUAGUCAGCCUGCUGUGCAAACUGUCGGCUCAGCACUACCUGCCCAUCCUGGCUCAUCAUCGAGUGACAGCUGAGGCCCUUCGCCACAUGAACUCCUCUGACCUUAAGAAGCUCGGCAUCAAUGAAUUAGGAAUCCAGAAAGCUCUUCUGAACUGGGCCCAGGAACACCAACCUGAAGGAACUGGUAAGACUGUCCAGCGUGAUGAGGCAGCAGAAAUCGUCCCUACAGCUCCAUCAGCUUCCCGUCCUCUAUCUCCUCCCAACACGUCGACCGUCCAGAUCUCCAGCCCACCUCUCACCCCGGGGACUCCUGUCACCCCCUCAGCCCCCAGCCCUGUGGAGGGACCUGGGAGCUCUGAGUGUGUGGUCUGCAUGGAGACAGGGGCUCAGGUCAUCUUCCUGCCCUGCGGUCACGUAUGCUGUUGUCAGGUGUGCAGCGACGCUGUGCAGAACUGCCCUUUGUGCCGCGGCAACAUAUCCCAGCGCAUUCGCCUCUACCACAGCUAGAAUCGACGGUACUACCAUUCCCUCAUUGACCGCCACUCUACUUUAUUAUGCAUGGUCGUAAAUCUGCUAACCUCGUCGUUUGUAGUAAAAGCUUUUAGCUGGAUUCUGAAGAGCUGAGCCACUUUCUUGUAUUAUUCCCCAACAGUGCUUUGGCGUGUGUGUGUGUGUGAAGAAACACAUUUGAAUAGAAUUAUUUUAAUGCUGUUAUGUUUCUGGUUGUCACUGGCAUCCAGGCCUAUUGUAUUGUUUGUCUGUUUUUUUUUUUUAAUUGCAUAAUUUUUUUAUUAGUUUUAUAUAUUAAGAGUCAAGGUGACUCCACUCACUGGCUCGAAAACCUUCUUAACUGAUGUGUGCCUUUUUCUGAAAAUGUCUUAUUUUCAGUCAGUACUACUCGUCUCUGUUGUCAACCAAAGUAACAUCUGUCCAACAUCUAUGGAAAUCAACUAAAACAGAAUCUAUUGAUUGUUGUUGGUUUCUGUUAUCAUCUCAUCCAGAAUCCCUCUGUGCUUGAUCUGAAUCAGUGAUCUGCAGGUUAGUUGGUGGGAAUUACCAAAGCAUAUCAAGACAAGCCUGAGUGAAAAUUCAUUCACUCAGAUAUUUGUCUUUUAUUUUUUUCUUUUCUUGACAUCCACCUCACCAUGGAUGGAUCGACCUGCCACAUUUACUCCCACUGACAAUAUUAUAUUACAGUCAUUCUAAUGCAGAAUCAUAAUGUCUGACAUUUAGUUUGGUGUGUGGUAAUGUGAAACUUAAAGAAAUGUCUAAAUAUGCCUUAUGUAUGUGCAAUGUCAGCUGAAAUAACACAGA